AUGCAGGUAAUAUAAGCGCAGCAUCCUUGCCUCAUCUCAACACUUCAGUAUCGCGUCUCGAUGGCAUGAGGACAUUAAAAGUUUUAGAUUUGUAAGUCUUACUGAAUCUCUUCAGCAAACUAUAAUUUAUCAAAUAAGCAACUGAAGCAAUGUCUUUGCUGGUGCGGGAGCAUCGGACGGUCCGCUUUGUGUUUUUGGGUGCCGCCGGGGUUGGGAAAACUGCUCUGAUCACCCGUUUCUUGCAAAAUCGCUUCGACUCCAAAUACACGCGCACGGUGGAGGAGCUUCACGCUCUUGAGUACGACACAGACGGCGCGAGGGUGCGCAUUGAGAUCUUGGACACGAGCGGUAGUUAUUCGUUCCCAGCGAUGCGCGCUUUGUGCAUCCGAACCGGGGACGCGUUUGCGCUUGUGUACGCCGCAGACGAGCCAGACUCCCUGGAGGAGGUGCAGAGACUCCGUGAGGAGAUCCUGGAGUUGAAGGGAGAGAAGUUUACUGGUAUCACGGUGAUAGAGAACAAGGCCGACCUGGGCAGCCGGAGUCGCCAGGCCACUGCUGAGGUGAUGCGCGCGGUGGAGGAGGACUGGGGCGCGGGCUUUGUGGAGACGUCCGCACGCAGCGGCGAGAACGUCACCGGUGUGUUUCGGGACUUGCUUCAACAGAUGAAGUUACCGAGCCGCGUGAGCCCGGCACUGCGCAGACGGACGCAGACAAUGAGCAGAGAACUUACAGAGACGCGGAAAAAGCCUCCAAUGAAGAAGAACAACAGCUGUAUCUUGUCUUAAUGGACAUUCACGUGAUGUUAUAAUAGUUGUGCAUCAUACUGAUGCUUAAGUGGCCUGGAUCAAUAGACUCCACAUAAAUGUUGGACAGUUUAAGUCUGAUGCUUUAUCAUAAUCAUGUAAGAGUAUUCUUUUAUGAGUGAAUAAAUGCAAAUUAUGUUUUAAUCAGUAUGUUCUCUCUGCAUAAUCUUUACCUUGUUCCAUAAAAGGUAAUAUCAAAUGUGACCUACUUGGGCUAAAGUAGCCUACAGAAUACAACAGACAUGUUUUCUUAGUUUAACCAAUAAUGAAAGAGUAAUAAUUCAGUAAUUUGAUGACAUUAUCUGUCACAGGUCAGAUCAAUGACAGAUUGUCUUAAUAAGGUUUUUUUUUUUUUUUUUUCGGCUAUAUCCUGCUACUCUGAUCCCAACACACAGAAAAUAACACUUUGCAUGUAAGACAUAGAUCAUGUGGUUGAAUGACCAGACCUUUUCUCAGGAAAUAAAGUCAGCUCUGCACCUUCCAGAUGGCCUUAUGUUAGUAAUCAGUCUGUGCAUGCCUCAACACCUUGUCACACCCUUUCUUUGGGGUCAAAAACAGUUUGCAAAUAAAAAAGAGUCUGCAAAUAAUAUCAUGUGCUUAAAGGAAUGGUUCAUGAAAUAAAAUUUGCUACACCCCCAGGCCA